AUGAUUGAACUUUCCAAGCUCAAUCCUAUGAAGAACUGGGGGCUCAACAGAGUUUUAGGUUACUGUGUUGCUGGUGACGUGGGUGCUUCUGGCAUUCGUAUUCGCCUUUCCAAUCCGGCCAAUUCAACCGAAAUAAUUGAUAUUCCCCAUCAAAAAGCAAAGAAUGCGCAAAUGCUCUUGGAUGCACUUAACAAUACACUGAGUGUUAUCCAAAAAGCUGUUCCAAAAGCAAAAUGUUUUGGUUCAUCAAUUGCAAUCACAGGACUUAGAAAGGGUGAUGACAUUAUUCCAAGUAAUUGGGCUCCUCCGGAUGAAGUUAGAACAAUCAGAACGAGACUCUUCCCAGAAGGAAUGUAUCCAAAGGAACAUCAUGUCCUCUUAAACGAUCUUGAAGCAUGUGCUUAUGGUGUUCUUGCAAUGGAUGAGCAAGGCAAAUGCUCGCAAUACUUCAGAAAGCUUUGGGGACCAGGAAAAAGCAUUGUCGGAAAACAUAGAACUGCAGUUAUGGCGUUAGGUUCUGGUCUCGGUGCUGCAUUGAUUCUCAAGGAGCCAUUCAAUGACAAGCCUUUCGUUUUGGCUACUGAAUUCGGUUAUCUUCAAAUGCCAACUGUCAUGAAAGCUCAUGAGAACUACGACUAUGAACGAAAGAUCGUCCAGUACACAUCAGAUUACUACUAUGAAGGCGCAACAUGCCCAGGCUUCGAAGACUUCUCAUCUGCAAGAGCAAUCAGAUCUCUUCAUAAAUUCUGGGUCCCAUCAUCUGAAUUAGAAGCAGGUGAUAUCUCAAAGUUGGCAAAGAAUGGAGAUAAGCAGGCUUAUCAAGCAAUGGCACAACAUUACAUCUAUUACUCUCGUCUUGCCAGAACAUUCGCUCUUGGAAUGAAGUGCGAUUCUAUAGUUAUGGCUCUUUCAAACCAAGUUGCUAAUGAUUACCUUAUCACUGAGAUUGCCGGAAAGAUGAAGGAUGAAUUCUUCGACGGAACACAUCCUGACUGGAUCAAGGAUACAAGUGUUUACUCUCAAAACAUUGAUCAUAACUUCAACCUCUUCGGAGCAACAUACAUGGCUCAUAGAGCAAUGAACAACGUAACAGUCCAAAAUACAUAUUUGUAA